AUGUCCCUACCCCCCGUGAGACUGCCCAGCCCCUACGCCUCUGAUCGGCUGGUGCGGCUGGCCGCCAGGCUCCGGCCAGCACUAUGUGAUACCCUGAUCACUGUGGGGAGCCAGGAGUUUCCCGCUCACAGCCUGGUGCUAGCAGGUGUGAGCCAGCAUCUGGGUCACAGGGGCCGGUGGGCUCUGGCAGAAGGCAUCAGCCCUUCCACCUUUGCCCAGCUUCUGCACUUUGUUUACGGGGAGAGUGUGGAGCUGCAGCCUGGGGAGCUGGGAGCCCUUGAGGAGGCGGCCAGGGCCCUGGGGGUCCAGGCCCUGGAAGAAGCAUGCAGAAGGGCUGGAAGGGACAGGGCUAAAAAGGAGCAGGAUCCAGGGCCGAAGAAACAUCAGGAGGAGCCAGACAAACCCUCGAGGGAUUCUGGGAAGGAUCUGGGGGGCCUUGGAGAGAAACAGAGGCAAGAGUUUUUCAGAGCUGGUGGGAGAGAACAGGAGCCACUGCACAAGCAUGGGCCACCAGGAGAGAGCCCUGAGGUGACAGGGGCGAGGCGAGAGGGUCAGGGGGAACAGAUGAGAUCCAAGGAGAAACUUGGCCAAUCCUCAGUUGGCCACGGGGGAGAAGAUGGGAAGCCAGGAGCCAUGUGGCUGAGGGACAGCCCAGGGGGCUCUGAGGACAGUCUGUGGGAGUCCCCUAGUCCCCUUCCCCCGCCAGGUUCCCUCCAAGCCAGCGUCAUGCCCAGGCCCUGGUGGGCUGAGGCCCCUUGGUUGGGGGAGGGCCAGCCUACCCUGCAGAGCAUCCUGCUGUUGCCGCCCAGAUAUGGCACUCCCUUCUCCCAUAGCACCCCCAUCACUGGAGCCUGGCAGGAGGUCUGGCCUCGGGACCAGAGGAUCCCACUGCCCCUGAACCUCCAGAAGGGGCUCUGGAGCCAGAACCUGUUGGCCUCCUCCAGCCCCACCCCAGGUUCCCUUCCCCAGUGCACCCCCCCUACCCCACAGCUCAGCCCUGGGGAGAUGGAAGCAUCUGAUCAGGGCCACACAGGCUUGAUUGCAACCUGUGUGGGUCAUGAUGGCAAAGCUGGCCGCCUAUCUCCCCAACAUCCUUCCCCGCCCCCUCCUGCUCGGGUUCGGCCCUAUUCUUGCUCUGUCUGUGGAAAGAGGUUUUCACUCAAGCAUCAGAUGGAGACACACUACCGAGUCCACACAGGCGAGAAGCCCUUCUCCUGUAGCCUCUGUCCUCAGCGCUCCCGGGACUUCUCCGCCAUGACCAAGCACCUACGGACGCACGGGGCCGCGCCCUACCGCUGCCCUCUGUGCCUGGCCGGCUGCCCCAGCCUGGCCUCCAUGCAGGCUCACAUGCGCGGCCACUCGCCCAGCCAGCUCCCGCCGGGAUGGACCAUUCGCUCCACCUUCCUCUAUUCCUCUUCUAGGCCAUCCCGGGCCUCGCCUUCUCCCUGCAGUCCCCCUUCCUCCACCACCUGACAGGGUGUCUGCAGCUUCUUUGGCCUCAGCCUAGAUUCUAAUGAAAGAAUGAUUCGCGGGCCAGCAGGCCAGCUUGGCUCCUGACUGGGCACCGCGGCGGCGGUCUAGCAAAUGUGGCUCCAGAAGCGCCGCAGGAAGGGCGCCUAGAGCCCUCUCCCGGACGACUGCGGGUCGCAGAAGCCUGGGCCAG